AUGGUACCGGCUGUGUCCCCGAAGUCCUCCGAUCCAGCAGACUCUCCUGUGAGCUCUCCAUCUAAGCCUGGACGUCUUGGGCUUCUGCUGAGCUCCUACUAUGCCGACAGUUCCUCUGCUGACUCUUCUGGUGAUUCCCGAGACCGCAGCGUCUCGGUUGACUCGGUGUUGCCGUCUAACGAGGUGGACUACGACAGUCAAGGGGUGUCUGAGCUCACCCGUGCAUAUGCGAAGUUGUCUCGAGGGAGUGCCGAGCUGCAAUCUGACCUCCGAAUGCUCCUCUAUGAGAACUGCACUAAGUUCUUAGGAGCCGCAAAGGCUGUUGAAGAGGUCAGUCGGACCACAGGGGACAUUCUAGACGAGACGAAUGGUGACCUUCGAGUGGCUGAGAGAGCCAUCAAGCAGGCCGCUGAUGUAGCUAUUCAAGCUAAGAAGAGCAAUGGAUGCAGCUCCGUCCGAAAGCUAGUCGAUACUAUGACAGAUCUCGACCGAGUACAACAGCUGGAGGCACUACGGCGCUUGCCUGAUACUCUUGCGGCGCAGACAGAUGACCUGACACUGGUAGCCGGCUACAAAGCGAACUGUGAGCAGACGUUGAACACCCUUGGUAAGGAGCUUAGAACUGUCCACGACCUCGAGGAGAAGUGUUUGGAGAUAGUGAAUGCGGCUGAUGGUAGACUCCGUCAUAGAAUAAAGGCUGACUUUGACCUCACUACUGUCGAUAGACUGGCCAUGACUAAGGCUGUCUAUGAUGUUAGUUCUGCAUCCCAGGAGUUUAGGACUAUUGAGUGUAUGAAGCUUCGAGAGAUGCUCAAACAAGUAGCGCCGAAACAGGUGGCUACCAUGUACAUGCCUCGAUACGUUGAAGUCCGAGAUGCCCUGUAUGAGCUCGAUGUCCUCGAGGAGAGCUUCUGCCAAGCCGUUUUGUCCCCAGCUUUGAAACGAGUUGCUGAAUCUUCGGAUAUGGAUGCUAUCACUGGUCUCCUAUCCUUUGCCAGUAAUCAUCACGCGAUAGACGAACGCUGGCGGUCAUUCGCCCGGACGGCAGCUGGGAAGUGGACUGCGGCAAGGCUUGCUGAGGCACGCGAGGAGUGUGUGAAGGUCCAUAGCGAGCGGCCACUGGUUCUGGUCUGUGGCACCCUCUCUACUGGCGCGGCAGAGCUUCUAGACUCCUAUGGCGAGAUGAGCGCAGAGGAGCUAGGCUCCCUCAUGCUCGACGAGGUUUGUAACCUCUUCGAGGAAGAGUCCAUACCAACGUGGAGGUCUGCCGACGAUGAGCUCGAAACCAUCGCUCUCAUUGCGAAGAUUAUAAAGCAGUCAGUCGUGGACCGGCUGUCCAUAUCGGUAUGUGCUGGUCUCGACAAGACGAAGCCUGAAGCCGCUGUAACUGGUCUCCUGGAUCACCUGUGUGACGCUUAUGCGACCAAGAGAGGGGUGGAAAUCGCCCAUCUGGAGGAUAGCGAGGAUCGUGCCAGGCAGCUGGCUCAUGUGUCCAAGUCACUCGAUGAGACAUUGGCCGGCCUGGAUAGCAUUCAACCCAUGCGAGUGCUGGGCAAGGUCUAUGAAGCCUUCUUGGAUACUCUGUCCUCCUCGACUACCCCUGAUGGAGUAGGCAUGCAGCAAGAAAUAACCAAGUUGGUGACAGCAGCUGAGAGUGUGCUAGCUAGCGAUGAAGCUUUAGCUGUGGCUGCUAUGGUACAGGACCAUUCGUGA